AUGGUAGGUGAGAUAAUAUCGGCAGCACAAAACGGUAUAAUACAUUCAGGUAUGAUAUCCACUAGAGAAUUAAGAAUGCAACUGCGGGACAUAUUAAUAAGUUUGCCCGGGCAGUUGAAAUUACCUUUUGAUGUAAAUUAUAUAUCACUCUACGAAUUAAGUAAGACGUCGAAACUGGCUAUAGUAUAUAUGAAUGGAACUCUCGUAUUCGAGUUAGUAAUUCCAUUACUAAACCCAGUGGAAUUAACACUAUACCACAUAAUACUAUUGCCGGUACGUAAAGAACAGCUAUAUAUGCAUCUCACACCCGAAUUCGAAUACAUGGCCAUUUCAAAAACACACGAGUACUAUUUAACUAUUUCCGUAAACCAUUUAAUGAGCUGUAAAGAAUUAAUAAGCAUGACACUAUGUCCUGAAACACAACCCCUCAGGUUAGGAACAGCAGGUUUACCAUGUGAAAUUGAAUUAUUCAUGAAGCCAACGAUAAUUCCGAGAACCUGCGCAAUAAAAUAUUUAGAAUUAUCACGUAGCAUCUACCAUAAGUUGAAAAAUCAUAAUAAGUGGAUUUAUAUAAUAAACACGUUAGAUGAUGUAGCUGUCACCUGCGAUCAAUGGGAAAACGCUAAGAAUAUACAACUAAGGGGCGUAGGUAUAAUAACAUUAAGUGAACAAUGCAGGGCACAUACACCACAAGUAGUCUUAACACCUAACAGGCACUUGAAGUCCGUUCAGAAUACCGAUUUCAUUCCACCAGUGAACAUACCCACUAGUGUAAAAAUUCCAUUACUACCCAGUGCUAAACUCGACAGUUUACUUAUCCACCAAAAUCCAAUAGUCAAGCUGAACGAUAUUAGUGACUUUUCCAAAACCAUCGAGGAAUUGGAAAGCGCUGUCCAGGAGGAAAAAGAUAAAAGUAUAUUGAAAACAACCAGUGGUAUGCAUACAAAAAUAAUUAUAAUAUUAGGAAUAAUGAUAGUGUAUAGUCUAUAUAGUGCUUAUAAACACAAACAAAAAUACCGUAGUCAUAGAAUAGUAAUUCCUAGAGUAGACGUAACUACAUUAUAA